AUGUAUGGAGAAAUCAUGAAAUCAACCAAUGGUUUCGAUGUCCUCUAUUGCACCGCCAAGGGAGGACAGAUAAGUGUGUACAAGCUGUUCUCAUCACCAAACAUUGCUUUUGCUUCUUCAGUUGAAGCAGAGGCUCUUCUCAAAUGGAAAGCUAGCUUUCAAAAUCAAACCAAGAAUAAUCUGACCUCAUGGGCUUACUAUCCAAAAGUAAAUACAAUCCCAUGCAACGUUUGGACUGGUAUUUCAUGCAACAGUGCUGCAAGUGUCAACAGGAUCAACCUCACCAAUUCUGGGAUACAAGGUACGCUACAUGAAUUUCCAUUCCUGUCGCUCCCUAAUCUCGAAUACAUUGACCUCAGCUUGAACCAACUCUUUGGUGCCAUCCCAUCUCAGAUAAGUUCCCUCUCCAAACUCAUCUAUUUUGACCUUUCUUAUAAUCAGUUGUCUGGGAAAAUCCCACCAGAAAUUGGUCUUCUAAAUAAUCUUCAAGCCCUGCACCUAAAUGAGAACCAAUUAAAUGGCUCAAUUCCUCAAGAAAUUGGUCAGCUUAAGUUUCUUAAUGAGCUUGCUCUGCAAACCAACAAUCUACAAGGUGCCAUUCCUCCAAGUUUUGGAAAUUUAAAACAGCUGAUCAUGAUAUACUUGUACAACAAUCAACUUUCUGGUUCUCUCCCUUCAGAAAUAGGAAAUUUGAAGUCUCUAGUGGAACUAUGCAUUGAUGAUAACAAUCUAUCUGGUACAAUCCCGUCAUCAUUAGGUGAUCUAACAAACCUUACCCGUCUCUAUCUCUUUGAAAAUAAUAUUUCUGGAACAAUUCCAAAAGAGAUAGGGAACUUGGAAUCCAUUGUGGAGCUAGAGUUGAACCAGAACCAACUCAAUGGUCCCAUCCCCACUUCACUUGGUAACUUGAGCAACCUAGAAAUCUUAUUCCUAAACAAUAACCAACUUUCUGGCUCCAUCCCCCAAGAGAUUGGGAAUCUCAUGAAGUUGACUGUGCUGGAACUCGACACUAACAAUUUUUCUGGUUAUUUGCCACAAAAUAUUUGUCGAGGCGGAUCACUACAAAACUUUACAGUAAGCUCCAACCAUGUCAUAGGUACAAUCCCCAAAGGUUUGCAAAAUUGCAAGAGCUUAGUGAGAGUUCAUCUUGAAGGUAACCAACUAACGGGCAAUAUAUCUGAAGACUUUGGUGCCUAUCCAAAUCUUAAUUUUAUUGACCUGAGGCACAAUAACUUGCACGGUGAAAUCUCACAGCUCUGGGGACAGUGUCCGCAAUUAGCAACACUACGAAUUACUGGGAACAAGCUUACAGGUAGUAUACCACCUGAGAUUAGCCAUGCAACCCAAAUUCAUGAACUUGAUCUUUCUUCCAACAGUUUAGUCGGGGUGAUCCCAAAGAAAUUUGGGAGAUUGACUUCUUUGGUGAAAUUGAUGUUGAAUGGCAAUCAACUUUGGGGUCCUAUACCCUCAGAAUUUGGAUCGUUGACUUAUAUUGAAUAUCUUGACUUGUCCACCAACAAAUUCAAUGAGUCAAUUCCAGGCAUUUUUAGUGACUUGCUCAAAUUACACUAUUUGAAUUUGAGCAAUGACAAGUUCAGUCAAGAAAUUCCGUUUCAGUUGGGGAAGUUGUUUCAUAUGUUCCAACUUGAUCUAAGUCACAACUCACUUGAGGGUAAGAUACCAUCAGAAAUGAGCAGUAUGCAAAGCUUGGAGACGUUGAAUCUUUCCCAAAAUAUCUUACCGGUCUCAUUCCAACAAGUUUUGAUGAAAUGCAUGGUCUGA